AUGGCGUCGAAUAAGCCCAACAAGUUGGCGUUCUUGAGCAUGCCGGCUCCGGCGUCCUAUGUCGCGGGUUUGGGUCGAGGUGCAUCUGGUUUUACGACUCGUUCGGAUAUUGGUCCUGCACGUGAAGGUCCCUCGGCCGAAGCCAUUGCAGAAGCUCAAGCGAAACGCGGCGAGGAAGAGGUCGACCCAGAGCAAUUCCAAGAUCCGGAUAACGAAUAUGGAUUGUUUGCGGGUACGACGUACGAGGCGGAUGACGAGGAGGCGGAUAAGAUCUACGAUAUGGUCGACCAGAACAUGGACGCUCGGCGACGCGCGCGGAGGGAAGCACGCGAAGAAGCCGAACUAGCGAAAGAGCGCGCCGCGCGCCCCAAGCUGCAACAACAAUUCGCAGACCUCAAGCGCGGGCUGUCCGCCGUGACGGACGCCGAAUGGGAGAAUAUUCCAGAGGUGGGCAAUCUCACGCGCAAGAAGCGGAAGAGGGACGAGAGGUCAUUUGUUGUACCCGACAGUGUGCUUGUGGGAGCUAGAGCUGGCGGGGAGUACGAGAAUGCUUUGGAUCCCAUGCAGCAGGAGACUGGUGGACUCGUUACGCCUGCAGAUGGCGAGACUACGGAUAUCGUCAAGUUCGCGCAGGCUCGAGACAAGUUCCUCUCCGUUCGACUCGACCAGGUUUCCGGAACAUCGACCUCCUCCGGCCUUGCCACUUCCGUCGACCCCAAGGGCUACCUAACCUCCCUCGACAGCGUCCAACUCAAGUCCGACGCCGAAAUCGGCGACAUCAAACGUGCACGCAUGCUCUUCGAGUCCCUCGUCAAGUCCAACCCCAAGCAUGCGCCAGGAUGGAUAGCGGCAGCCGCAUUGGAGGAGCACGCGGGGAGGAUGGUCCAGGCGAGGAAGUUGAUCAAGAUGGGGUGCGAGCACUGUGCGAAGAACGAGGAUAUUUGGUUGGAGGCGGCCAGGCUACACCAAAACAACGACGCGAAAGUGAUUCUCGCCAACGCCGUCCAACACGUCGGCCAAUCCGUCAAAAUCUGGCUCGCUGCCGCCGACCUCGAAUCUGACGUAAACGCUAAGAAGCGCGUCCUGCGAAAAGCGCUCGAGCACAUCCCCAACUCCGUCCGUCUUUGGAAGGAAACCGUCAACCUCGAGUCUUCGGCGGCCGACGCGAGGAUUCUGUUGGCGAGGGCUGUGGAGGUUAUACCGCUGAGCGUGGAGCUGUGGUUGGCGCUUGCGAGGUUGGAGACGCCCGAGAAGGCUAAGGCUGUCCUCAACAAAGCAAGGAAAGCCAUUCCGACGAGUCAUGAGAUUUGGAUCGCGGCGGGACGGCUGCUCGAGCAGGAAGCCUACACGAAAGAAGACGGGCCGGAUAAGGACAAGAUCUUGAACCUGGUCGACAAGACGAUCGGCGCGGCCGUGUCCGAACUACGCAAGCAUCGCGUGUUGCUCACGCGUGAACAGUGGUUGAAGGAGGCGGAGAAAGCUGAGGGCGAAGGCAGCCCGCGGACGAGCGAGGCGAUUGUCAAAGCCACGGUUGCGAUGGACGUCGAGGAGGAGGACCGACUCGAUACGUGGGUCGCCGACGCCGAUGCUGCGGAAGAGCGCGGUAAAGUCGGCACCGCGCGCGCGAUACUCGCGUACGCUCUGCGCGUGUUCCCUGACAAACAAUCUCUUUGGCGCCGUGCAGCCGACCUCGAAAAGGCGCACGGUACACCAGCUGCGCUCGACGCGGUUCUCGAGCGCGCCACGCACAACUGUCCGCAAGCCGAAGUGCUGUGGUUGAUGUGGGCCAAGGAGAAGUGGUUGGCUGGAGACGUACCGCGUGCCCGAGAGGUGCUCGAGAAGGCGUUCGUUGCCAAUUCUGAGAGCGAGCAGAUUUGGUUGGCUGCUGUCAAGCUUGAGGCGGAGAACGGUGAGCUUGGAGUGGCGAGGGAGUUGCUUGUGCGCGCGAGAACGGUGGCUGAUACCGAGCGGAUCUGGAUGAAGUCCGCCGUCUUCGAGCGCCAACAAGGCCAACUAGACGCCGCCCUAAAGACCGUCGAAACAGCCCUAUCCAAAUACCCCAAAUUCGCAAAACUGUACAUGAUCCAAGGCCAACUCUACACCUCCCUCUCCCAAACACCCAAAGCGCGCGCAUCGUACGCAGCAGGCUUAAAAGCCUGCCCCAAAGACACCACCCUCUGGAUCCUGGCGUCGAGGCUGGAGGAGAAGGACGGAAAGAGUAUCAGGGCGCGUGCGAUAUUGGAUAAGGCGCGGUUGCUGAAUCCGAAGAAUGAGAGGCUUUGGGCGGAGGCGGUUGAUGUUGAGGAGAGGGCGGGCGGGAAGGAGCAGGCUAAGACGAUGCUUGCGCGCGGGCUGCAAGAGUGCCCUGAAUCCGGCUUACUAUGGAGCGCGGCGAUCUGGGCUGAACCCCGUCCGUCGCGCAAAACGCGUUCCAUCGACGCGCUGAAGAAAGCGCAGGACGACCCGCUGGUGAUAUGCACCGUCGCGCGACUCUUCUGGUCCGAGCGUAAAAUCGAGAAAGCGCGGACGUGGUUCGGGCGCGCGAUCAGUGCCGAUAGGGAUCUGGGCGAUGCGUGGGCUUGGUGGGUCAAGUUCGAGCGGCAGCAUGGGACGGCGGAGCAUGUUGAGGAGGUUAUUAAGGGCGCUGUGGGCGCUGAGCCGCAUCAUGGGGCUGUGUGGCAGGGUGUCGCGAAGGAUGAUGCGAAUAGGGGGAAGAGUACGAGGGAGAUUUUGGAGUUGGUUGUUGCUGCUCUGCGCUGA